AUGACAAACAACUGCGGCGGGGUUGGAACCUACAACACGACGGCGUUGCGAGAGAUUGACACAAAGCCAGACAAGAUCUGCCGUAGCCGUAGCCACAUCGCCGCGAACAAAGCAGAUCUUGGCCGUUUUUCCGGAGGCCUUCAAUCAGAAUCUGUCGUCGGCUCCCUCCAGGAUUUAGUCCCCCCUUCGCUCCGCCGCGCCGAGUUGCGACACGCCUCCGCCUGCUGCGUUCGACCCUUGGAGAUUGAACCGCCUAACCUUCGACCUUCUCUGCCUUCAACGAAGCGAGAAGAAAGGCGCCCGCCCAAGCGGCAAUGCUUCCACAGGUCAGCUACAAUUGGUAGUUUCAGAUCUAGCAAGAUCCAACUUUCGGUUGUAUAA